AUGCAGCCUUCACCCCUCACGAACCCAUUGGCAACUGUCACUCAACUUGAGACCUCCGGUUCGCAACUCGAUGGCAUACCAACCGAUCUCGAGGAUUCAAUACGCUUCGCGGGUGCCAGACUCACACAAGCUGCCGGCAUGCUGCUCAGACUACCACAAGAGGUCAUUGCGCAAGCUAUUCUUGUGUUUAUGAGAUUCUGGGUCGGUCCCGACGGUGGCAGUCUGGCUGAGUUCGGCGCAGAGCAAGUCUCAGCAGCCUCCCUUUACCUCACGACAAAGCUCUCAGCAUAUCCCAAAUCCGCACGGAGUCUCAUAAACGUAUAUGCUUACCUCUCCUCCAACCCCACUACGUUCGCGAACCUCGACCACCUUCAGCAAAAGCCUCCGGAAACCUCAUAUUUCGUCUCAGAAGGCACAUACGAACGCCGUCGGGCAACACUCUUCUCGACCGAACAGCGCAUUUUGAAGACCCUCGGCUUCCAGAUACAAGUCAAUCUGCCUUACACGCUCUGCAUCACAUACCUGCAGGCGCUGGACGUCUUUACGCAUCCCCGCGCAUCCGAACUCGCUAAACGCGCCAUAUCCCACUUGAACACAGCCUUAUUGAGUCCACAAAUGCUGUAUCUUACACACCAGCCAACAAGCCUAGCGACGGCGGCAAUUUAUCUAGCGGCGAGGGAAGUGAACAUCAAGAUGCCGGAGGUAGAGUGGUGGGAGGUAUUCGAUACCGAUAGAGAGGAGUUGGGAUUUCUGUGUGUGGGCAUGUUGAGUGUAGAGGGGUUUGCGCAGCAGGAGAGGGAGAAGUGGGAAGGGACCAGGGUGCCGUUGGAUGUCAAGGAUCUAGAGGCAGAGAUGAAGAGGAGGAGCGAGAUAACCCAGGAUUAG